AUGGUCUUUUGCUGCUUUUCUUCCAAGCCUCUUGCCUCCUACGAAGUUGAAAAGGGAAAAUAUGGAGCCGCCUACGCCCCGUUCCUCGGGAACCAAAGCAAAUUUGACAUUUCACUUUGCGAAGCACCCUGCCGGGAGCCUGGCUGUCUGUUGGCCACGGUGCUCUGCUUUUGUCCCAUUCAAGUUCACAUGCGUCACAAGGCGCUCAACCAUGUCGAUCCGGGAUCUGGUUGGGCCAACUACAAGUGCUGUCAAGGAUACUUUGGAGGAUGCUGCUGUCUACAGCCGGGACAAAUGGGCGAACAGUCCUGUCCAUCGCUCUGCAUGUGCGUCGAAGCAUCCAUCUUUCCAGGACCGGCCGUAUCCGCCACUUCCAAUAUCGUUCGAGAAGCAUACCGAUUGGGCUUGGAUGAAGAUGACGUGCGCUUGAUCCGAUGCAACAAUUGUCUCUUUGUUCUGUCGUGCAUUUUGAACUGCAUUGCUCCCCUGACAGAUUGUGAAGGAGACGAUGUCCUGGCGCAUAUUGUGAAUGUCAUAUCCGACAUUACAUUUUGUUGUGUCAGUGGAUGCAUGACAGCGCAAGUACAUCAUGAGAUCAAAUUGAGAGAGCAGCAUAGUGCACCCACAAGAGAAGAAAUGGAGAGAUGUUAA